GAUACAAUGUUAAGGCGGCGCCGGGCAAUUUCUUCGAGCCCCUCCUUUGACAGCCCUCCUGUGGUUGGCAUUUACACUGAGGGAUGCGGGCUGCAGCAGCAGUCCAGUUUAUCGGCAGGUCGCCUCGGAGGAGGCGGGCGCCGUAACUAAGAAUGGCGUGCGCGCAGCACCAUUAUAUUCUGUAGAUGUGCUGGCCAGUUAUGCUAGGGGUCAGCACUUUCGCGCCUGCUGGGGAAAAAGGCCACGUGGUGGUUCCAGCCCUCCCAGUAAACAGACCUCCGCUCGCUCACGCGCUGCUGCAGUCAGCUGCCGUUCUCAUCUGCCUCCUCCUCCUCCUCUUCCUGUUUGAGGGGCCGUCUCCAGGCUCUAGCGCAUCCGCCCUGCCAGAGCAGGGCCCUUUUGCUGUGCACUAAUUUGCUCUUGCAGCCACUAGGUCCGAGCUGUCUUAGUAUCGUCGAUUCCAUCGAUGCUGAUUGGUCAUGCCUUCGCUCCCUCCAGCCGUCCUUCCACGGCGUGCGUUUACCCUCGCAACCGUCCGUCCGCCGGGGAAGCUUUCAGCUUGCAACCCCCGACGGAGGGUGGGAAUUCACAGCGACCCGUCAGCGAGCCGCAGACGCGUCCCCUUUUCUAAGCUGCAGGCACGCGGCCUCGGACAAAACACCCGGGAGCAUUAACGUUGCCACAUCUGCGGCAGGUACUGCUGGUUGCCUUCGAGGGGGCCCGCAGCAGCGGCAGCAGUCCGCGCGUGCUGCAGGCGCGCGAGCUUCUAGCCCGACUUGAUUCUAGCCGGCUGCGGCGGAGGAGACGCACCGGCGCCGCGGGGCGUUCGGCAUGCCUCCCAGCGGCCCUCCGACGGCGGGCGCUCCGACAUCUCGCCUCUUGGCCAGUAGCCGCGGGCUGCUCGUGCGUUACCGGCUCGCGGUGGCAAUCUCCGCGCCCUGGCGAGUGCGGACCCCGUCGGAGGGCCAGCAAAGAGUCGCUUCGCUCCUGGGCUCCCAGACUUUUGAUAUGUGUCGGGACCUUUGGAGGUCCGCGUUCAUGACAAAAUGCGGCGUCGGAUUUCUGGGUUGCGCAGCAGGGACAUCAACCUACGCGGAGCACCGGAAUUUUCGGUGGCCAGCGCUAGUCGUGCGCGUCUGCGCGGCAGUACAGAAUAAUUCCGAGAUGUCUUACAGAGGUCAUGUGGUGCCAUAUGCGCACUCGUGAGGAGGCAGGCUCGCUUCGCCGCGUGAGGGCCCUCAAACAGG